CAAUAAAGCGGUGAGUUUACCUUUGCCACAUCUACUAGCCAAUGAUUGUGUUGGACUGUAUGGAAACGGCUGUAAUGUUUUCUCUUUUCGUCUUUUAAAGAAAACUAACUGCUGAACGAUGCGAUUCAAUAUAAAGUGCCUUUGGACAAUGAAACUAACAACAGUAAUUGUUAUAUUAAUGAACAGUCUAUGUCAUUGCAAAUCAACAUACGGGUUUUCCAAGGACAAGGAUGACAUUUAUAGCGAACUAAAUAGUUCUUCAUAUCCAGAUAUCACAAGUAAGAAAUUUAUUCACGAUGCGUUAGCAAAGACUUUUACUACAGACAAGCGUAGCUGGGGCAGCAAUUUUUCAGUUCGGAGCAAGUGGCAUUAUGAGGACAUUCCCAACAAACGAGACAACGAGCCGCAUAUUGAUGUAGCUGACGGAAGGAAAUGGGCAACAUUCGUCACAUGGGGCAAGAGAAACUAUGAACUACUAUUAGAUGAACUGGAUAAACGGAAAUGGGAAAAGUUAACACCAAGGGGUAAAAAGGUCGAAAUGAAAAAUGAUUUAGAAACUGCAAGGAAACAAACUGCGCCCUGGGGAGAACACGAUAAGGAGUUGGGAACAGAUAUUGCUGUAAAUAUACAUAAUAAAAGAAAAUGGAACCGACUGGCAGUUUGGCCUAAAAGAAGAAAUGAAAAGGAGACUAAGGACAAAAGAGACUGGAACAAGCUCGGGCCUUGGGGAAAGCGACCGAAAAUCCCCAAAGCCUGGCUUGCUUUAGAGCCAUGGGGUAAGCAAAAAUGGACCGGGCUGACAACGUGGGGUAAACGCUCUGAUGAUGAUUUCAGGGCAACACCUUUGUCGAUAAAACUGCUCCGCUUUAUAUCUUAAUGGUUACGUAGCCAGAUACGUAGACGAGCACAAACAAUUGUAUCCGAAUAUUGAUGUCACAUCCAUCCACGGAAGAAAAACGAUGCCAGAAGUAUAUCAAUUGAGAAUAAUUAACAUUUAGUUCUUGAAAAGCAAUUAAAUAUAAUUACUGCAAUCAAUAUUAAAACAUAAAGGAGUCUGCUGUUAUUUUUCCUGGUUGCAAUCUAUGCUUCCUAAGGCUUUUAUAAACUAUCACAAUAGCAAUCUAUAUGUGCCGUUUGGCGGCAGUAAAAGUCUCCCUGUAUUUUAUUCAACGUUUUUUUAUAUGUUGUAGGCCUUUAGGAUCAUGUGCUCAAUUCAAUAUAUAUGUAAUAGAAUUCCGUUUAAGCCGGUGCUAAGGGGCAUGAGAAGUACGGCACAUUCCAUUACCUCUCAUGAACAGACUCAAACUGAGUCUGCUAUUAUUUUGCUUGGUUGCAUUUUAUGUUACCAAAUGACACUACUGGAUGCACAUACCAUUAAACAUGGUUUAAAACCCUGUAAAAUAUCCAUUAAAAUAGGAAAAACCAUUAAUUAACACCAUUAAUUCUUGCAUCACUUUAUUUAAUAGGUUUCACAAUAUUUAUGGGUAACAUGUUAAAAUACCAUUAAAACAUCCAUUUUUGACCAUGAAUCAUGCCGUUAAAAUUUUGGUUUGGUAGCUAAAAAGUUAAUGGCUUUGAAAAAAUAAUGAAAUUGUGUAUAUUUUGAAUUUAACAGGAUUAUUCAUGGCCCUUAACUUUGAUUUAAUGCCCAUUAAAUGUUUAGGUUCUCUACGAUUUCAUUUAAGAGUAAAGUUAAUGGCCCUUAACAGCAAUGUGAUGCCAAUUAAAUCCUACAUUCUGUAAAAUGUGAUUGAUAUAUUUUCAGCAACACAAAAAAAAAUAUUUUUUGGUUUUUGGCUUGCGCUUGCCCCACUGAAUGCUUAUAAUUCCAGUCCCAUAUUGUUCUAAAAUGGACUUUAAUCAAAAUGAAUACAUACUACGCACACAUCGUCUAUAAUAUAUCAUGAUGUUAUAUUUAG